UCAUUACUAUGAAGCUCCCUUUCAAUAUAAUUUUAAGGCCUGUAUUAAAAACUUAUUUUAAAAGUUCGAAGGUUUUUUGUCAACAUUAUACAUUUUCUGUUAGUGUUCCCUAUACUUAUAUCUAUAGUGCUCUUGGGUUGUUCAUUAAUGUUCAACACUUAAAGAAACAUCUCGGUGAGAUACCAUUGAUCGAUCAAGUUUCAAAAGAAUCAAACAAAAUUUAUAGGAAUGAAAUGCUCGUGCAUGAUUUGAAAAUUAUAGCAAUAUCUAUGGGUUUAAUUCAGUAUUCAUGUCUUCUGUUCGGAUGUUACACAGAAAAUCCCUCUCUCUUUCUUCCCCAUUUGACAGGUCAAUUGAUAGUUGUGUGCGUUAAGAUUGUAAACGCAUUUUUAGUUCUCAUCAAAGUGGAUCUGAGGUCAUUGUAUAAAUUCCAGCACAAGUUGACGGGUGUCGCGCUCAUGACUUUUAACUGGUGUCAAGAGUUUUGCGUUUUCAGGCAACAUUUAUGUGUUUGUGAUCUUUAAAAGA